UCCAACGCUGCCACUUAAGCAGAGACACCAGCACCUGUGUUUGUGACCCACUGAGGUCAGUCUGCAGGCGUUUGGUUUCGUUUGACAGUAUGACAUUACAAUCUUAUUUACAUUACAGAAGAGCAGAACCUACUCAGGACUACACGGAGGAACGCUGUCUGUCACGACUAGACUGCUUUCUUUAAUCUGUUCUGUGUGCGGUUCAGCUGUCGGCUCGUUUAUUCACUCGGUUGCUACAACUGAGGCGGGCGGUGCUUGGCCUCUGUGUCGUAGGUGGACAAAGCUGCCAGGUCAGGAAUUUUUACUGCGGUCCUCUUCCCGGCUGCUACAGCAGUUUAAAACCUCCGAGGAUUAGUUAUUGUGGACGGACAUGGCGGACACUUUAAGGAGAUUGACCAAUACAUCUUCCUUCAGCGUCUUACAGGACAAGCUGGAGAGCUGGCACAAAGACUACCAUGUGAUUUCCUGUGACCAGAAUCUGAAUAGAUGCUGUGAGCUGAUUGAACUCACCGCCAAGAUCCAAGGCCAGCUGUUUGCCAUCCUGAACCUCACAGCAGCUGAAGGAGGACACUAUGCUGGAGUGGACACUUUGAAAACACGACUACUACCGUGGCUUGGAACCUGUUUCUCAAUGGCGAGGCCUUCAGUCACCGAUGACACCAGUCUGCAGCUCAUCCAGGAUUCAGUGGAAAAGGACAGAAAGAUCAAAGAGCUUUCUUUCUCCCAUGAGAGCGACAUGCAGAAGAUGGAGACUCAGCUGUGUUCCACUCGCCUACAGCUCGACUCAGUCAGAGCAGAACUAAUAGAUGCUAAAAACGAACUGGACGACACAAAGAGCAAAUCAGCAACAACCCUGCUGGCCACUGAGGAUGAAAUAUUACAACUAAAAGCAGAUUUGAGAUCCGCACAUGAGCAGGUGGAGAUUUAUAAGAGGAAGCUGGAUGCUCUUGAUGACUACGAGCGUCAGAUUAGGCUGUUGAGAGAUGAAGUGUCUUACCUGAGCACAGAGAAGGCCAUGCUGCAGGAGAGGUUGGUGAGAAGUCGCUCUCCGAGUCCCCUGCUCAGAGCCAGCCGCUCCUCCAGCCCAGUGAGGAGCGAGUCGCCCACCAGAGCUCAGCUCACCAACUCGUCACGCCACGCUCGCCUUGUAUCCCGCUUCAGUGACCUGUACGCUGUGGAGCGCCUGGAGGCCCAGAGCCUGCUUCGACGCUACAUUGCUGACUUGCAGAUGGUUCAGAAAAUCAUCUUCAUCGCUGUUGUGGAGUCCUUCAAGUUCGCUAAACUGGCUUACCGACAGUUCAAACUACGAGUGAGAAAGACAUUGUCCCCGUCUCACUUUGGGCCAGAGAGUCUAGAGGAUGCAGCUGUGGACUACAUUGUCAGGAAUCUGGACCUCUAUGAUGUUCAGUCCAGCGUCGAUGAUGUGAUCAGUGCCAUGAAUGUGGACCCUCGCAUCUCCUUCCCACCAGAAGUAGACUUUGGCCGCAUCAGUACCUUGAUCAGGGAGGCAUGCAGGGUGGCCUUUGCCAUGCAGACUCUGGAAACACCGCUUGACUUGGCCUUUGCAAGUGAUGGAGAACUAUACAAUGACAGCAGGUACAGACGUAGCUAUGACUCUGAGUUCACUGCUCCUCUGGUGAUGUACCAUGUCUGGCCAGCCUUAAUGGAAGGAAACACUGUGAUAGUGAAAGGCGAGGCGUUGACUAGAAGAAACGCUCCGUGGACUAGAAGCCGAAGCCGAAGCAGGAGUGCGAGUCCAGUUCGUUCUCGCUCUCUCAGUCCCACUCGCAGUCUUGUAUUUAACAGCAAAAGAAGCCUGUCUCCUGAUCGCCUCACCGCUAGCCGCCUGUGAACUCUGGCUGCAUUGUCAACAGGACAACAGCUUUUUUCUAAGAAAUAAACUCUGAGGUAUUUUGAAAUCUGAUUUCAACUGCAUGGCUAUUCUUAUGCUUCUACCAAAUAAGCAAUAAAAAUCCUAAAGUAUCUUACCAACCAAAGGCUGUUCAGAGUUUACAGUGUUGGAAGACACUUUUGCAGGACAGAAAGGACCGCUUACAUGAAACUAGAGUAGCCUGGCAGCUAAUAGGCAGUUGUCUUAGUUCACUAUAUUUACUCUGUUACUGAGAUUUUGAUAGAUAAUAGCAGUAUUUUAGUGAUAUUCAGAAACUUGAAGUGCAUUUUUUAGAUGAAACGUAGACCUGCACACUAGCACUUUCUUAGUCAGCUAAAAUUAGGAACCGUAUUCCACAUAUCUCAUAUUUUAUUGCAGGCUGCGUGCUGUAGGUCGUCCAAUAUGGUGCUAUUGAUGCUUCAUAUCCUCCAGUACUUGAGCGACUAAUAUCGGUCACUGUUUCUUGUGUUAGUGGUUGCUGUGUUUUGUUUUUUAAAAUAUCCUUUCAUCAUUUGCAUUUUUUUGGUGCUGUUGUUUUAUAUAAGUAAUACCAGAACAGUUUAUUUGUGACAUGAACACAAUUUUUUUCCCCAUAAGAUAGAUUCUUUUAUGGUGUAAGAACCGGACCUGUAGCUUGUUGUGUUGCAGGAAUGCCCAGAUGCAUUCCAUAGAACAAUUAUGUUCAUUUUUUCUUAUGAACAAUCCAUGUACUGUAUAUCACCACUAACUUUGUAUCCAAGACUACUAAUGCACCCGCUAAUGACUUGAAGGAUGAACAUGCUGACUUUACUUUGAUUUAAUUUGUGCUGUGUGAUGAAUAUAUUCUCCAGUUGAGCCUUUUAUUAUGGAUUUUUUUAAACGAAUAAAUGAGAGAUUUGUAGUUUCCUGCA